AUGGCUUCUACUAUGGCAACUACUGCUUUUCUUUUGUCCCUCAAUCUUCUUUUCUUCACACUGGUCAGUUCAACUUACUGCCCACCACCAAAACCAAAGCCUUCUCCACUAAAGCCAUCCCCACCGAUGCCUACUCCACCAAGCCCUGGCUCUAAGAGUAGUUGCCCAAAGGACACCCUUAAGUUGGGGGUAUGUGCUGACUUGCUAAAUGGAUUAGUAAACAUUGUUGUGGGAACCCCAUCAGCCACCCCAUGCUGCUCCCUUCUCCAAGGUCUUGCUGAUCUUGAUGCUGCCGUUUGCCUUUGCACUGCUAUUAAGGCCCAAGUUUUGGGAAUCAACCUUAAUGUCCCUGUCUCAUUGAGCUUGCUCUUGAACCAAUGUGGCAAGAAGUCCCCUAAAGGCUUCAAAUGUGCAUAAGUUUAUGGCACUCAGUACUCACUACCAUUUUAUAUUGUAUUAUAUAUGUGUUUCCUUAAUUUGGUGGUAUAAUCGGUUUCACAAGAUCAUGUUCCGUGAUCAUUUGUGACGUUUUCUUCUUUUUAAUUAAACAUCAACAACUUGGAAUGUAUCAACUACGGACGCCUGAGUCAUCGUGAUCGUCAUCUAUGGCUUGCCUCUAAAUGUUUGGUUACACCCUUUUGUUGAUUUGAUUGAAAUGCUUGUAUUGCUUCCAUACAUUAUUGUCUUUUAUCAUCAGUCUACUGUUUGCAAUGGAAAAAAUAAAUAAAUAAAAUUACAGGUUAUGUAACAUAAUGUCUUUAUUUCAAGAAUGUUGUUUUUGUUGUGCUACAUAAUGUUUUAUAAUGAAAAUAAUGUGUUCAAAA